ACAGCAUUACCAAACCCUUUUAACCUAGCUAACUACCACUGCAACAUAUAAAGCGGACCCACAUUUCCUGCGCUCUCGCUCUCUCUGCUUCUCUUAUCCCUCUCUACAACUUUCACAGGCUUUGGCUGCUUCCCACUUACACCAUGGCGGCAGCGGCGGCGGCUACUUCAUUCUCCAUCUCCACUUCCACAUCAUCAUCAUCAUCCAAAUCCCUAAAACCCGCCCUUGCCGGUAACUUAGGGUUCCUUUCCACCUCAACUCCGUUGCUUAAGCCUCUCAGAGCCAAAUCCGCCGUUUCAUGCGGCAGCAGCUCCAGCUCCGGCGCGGCUCUCGACGCUCGCAUGGUCUCUGCACCUGCUGCCGUCAAAGCCCCUGUUUCUCUCGAUUUUGAAACCUCCGUCUUUAAGAAGGAGAAAAUCACCCUUGCUGGCCAUGAUGAGUACAUUGUGAGAGGAGGGAGAGAUUUGUUCAAGUAUUUGCCGGAUGCUUUCAAAGGAGUCAAGCAGAUUGGAGUCAUCGGCUGGGGUUCUCAGGGACCUGCUCAAGCCCAGAACUUGAGGGAUUCUCUCGCUGAAGCAAAAUCAGAUAUAGUCGUUAAGAUUGGUUUAAGAAAGGGUUCAAGCUCCUUUGCAGAGGCCCGUGCAGCUGGGUUUUCUGAAGAGAAUGGGACCCUUGGUGACAUAUAUGAGACCAUCUCUGGCAGUGAUCUCGUGCUGCUUUUGAUUUCUGAUGCUGCUCAGGCUGAUAAUUAUGAGCAAGUGUUUUCUCACAUGAAGCCAAAUAGCAUACUUGGGCUUUCACAUGGAUUCCUCCUUGGCCAUUUGCAGUCAAUGGGCCUUGACUUCCCGAAGAACAUUAGUGUGAUUGCUGUAUGUCCCAAGGGAAUGGGUCCUUCAGUAAGGAGAUUAUAUGUUCAAGGAAAAGAAAUCAAUGGUGCUGGAAUUAAUGCAAGUUUUGCAGUUCACCAGGAUAUUGAUGGAAGGGCCACAGAUGUUGCUCUUGGAUGGUCUGUUGCCCUUGGUUCUCCCUUUACUUUUGCUACUACUCUAGAACAGGAAUAUAAAAGUGACAUUUUUGGAGAACGAGGUAUUUUACUUGGUGCUGUCCAUGGAGUUGUUGAGUCACUUUUCAGAAGGUUCACUGAGAAUGGAAUGAACGAUGAGCUUGCAUACAAGAAUACUGUAGAGUGCAUAACAGGAAUUAUUUCAAAGACCAUAUCAACAAAGGGCAUGUUGGCCGUGUACAACUCAUUGACUGAGGAGGGCAAGAAGGAGUUUGAGGCUGCAUACAGUGCUUCAUAUUACCCCUGCAUGGAGAUAUUGUAUGAGUGCUAUGAAGAUGUAGCUACAGGUAGUGAGAUCAGGAGUGUUGUCUUAGCUGGCCGUCGCUUUUAUGAAAAGGAAGGCUUACCAGCUUUCCCAAUGGGGAAAAUUGACCAAACAAGGAUGUGGAAGGUUGGUGAGCGCGUUCGAGCAAAACGACCAGCUGGUGAUCUUGGUCCUAUGUAUCCUUUCACUGCUGGUGUCUUUGUGGCAUUGAUGAUGGCCCAGAUUGAGAUUCUAAGGAAGAAAGGCCACUCUUACUCAGAGAUCAUAAAUGAAAGUGUCAUUGAGUCUGUAGAUUCUCUCAACCCGUUCAUGCACGCUCGUGGAGUGUCAUUCAUGGUUGACAAUUGCUCUACAACAGCGCGUUUAGGAUCCAGGAAGUGGGCCCCUCGAUUUGAUUACAUUCUCACCCAGCAAGCACUUGUUGCGGUGGACAAUAAUGCUGCUAUCAAUUGGGAUCUUAUCAGCAACUUCCUAUCAGAUCCGAUACACGGAGCUAUUGAAGUGUGUGCUCAACUGAGACCCACCGUUGAUAUUUCUGUCACAGCUGAUGCUGAUUUUGUUCGCCCUGAGCUCAGGCAAUAAGGCCUUUGUACGUCACUUUGCGAGAGGAGAGAAUUUUGUGGUAUUGUAAGGUGGAGACGUAUUAGUGAUGUGUGCUUCUAUGGAGGCAAGAAUAGUUGCUCAAAUCUCUUAGUUUAUAAGAAUGUUAUCCUUUUGGUUGCCACUUUCUUUUUAAUGUAGCCUUUUGUUGAGUAACUGGAUAAAAUAAAUUUGAAAUUUGGGGAACCUUUCAGCAA